GGGGCCUGUGGCAGUGGCAGGGGCGGCUGCGGCUGCGGCUGCGGUUCCGGGCUCCGGCUCUAGGCCCGUGUCGGCCUCCGCGGUUUCCGCACCGGCCUGGUAUGUACAGAUGGCUGGUUAGUGUCCUCCACUCCGUCUUCCGGAGGCCGCGCGGCCGCCCCGAGCCCGCAGCGCAGCCCCUGCUCAAGAGGCGGCUCUCGGACAGAACUCCAGCCACUGAUGAAAUACAAGCCAAGAGACCACGAUUAGAUUGCUUGAUUCACCGAGUCAAGAAGAGCAUCUGGGACAUCACCAACUUAUUUGGCUCUCCGGACCACCUCGACCCGAGGUGCCCGGAGGCUGGUGGCUGCAAUGGCGCGCACACUGGGAGCUCUCCCAGAGAGGUAUUUCCCAAAGAUUCAUCUAAUAAAUUGACAAAAUCUGGACCCUGGAGAGAUGUGCUUGCAUCAGGUAAAAAAACACGUAAUGGAGCAAGUAAACAUUCCAAUAAAGUGAGGCGAGAUCACCCACGCCACGGCCACGUUAUGCCUUCCUUCAGUUUUCCUCGUAACCAGGAAGUUUAUAACAAAAGAAUGAGUGGCCGUCACUAUGCCAAGUCUCCCCCAGACAGUUCUGUAGCCUGGAAACAGCCUGUUCAGGACCGGAACCUUUCGGAGGGACCCCCUGCAGAAACUGGCAGGGCUCUGAGGAGAGCACGCUGUGCUGUGGAAGAGGGUUUUCAGAGAGAGGAGAGAGAGAAGUAUCAAAGGCUGUUGCAGCGAAUUAAAGAAGGUUGCCAUGGAAACUGCCUCCCUGCUAUCGCUGGAAACCGUCACGGUUCUCAACGAAGUCAUGUGGAAGCAGUAAGGAAUGGUGGCUGGGGGGAAGACCAACACCUGGAGAUGAGAGCAGGUCAGCUUGUUCCAAAGCAAUACAGAGUUACUGAAUCGUGGGGACCUGUUCGUGUUAUGAGGAAUGAGAAGAGGUAUUCUAAGGCAAAAAUUCCAGAACCUGAAAAGACAGUUGAACAAAAAUCAGAAAAUGAAAGUCCAAAGGAGCGGCAGCCAGAGCCUGAUCUCUCAGAGGAAGUGUCGGCCAGACUUCGCUUGGGCAAUGCCAACGCCAAUGCCAACGCCACUGCCGCUGCCGCUGCUGCUGCCGCUGUGUUUAAGCGGAGACACUCUGGGCUCGAGAUGAAAGAACAGCCCAGCACGGGCAAAGAGAAGGAGAAGGGCCCUGAGGAGCCCCCCGAGCUCACCGAGGAUAUGGAAAAAGAGGUUAAUAGUGCCCUCGGCUGUGGCCCCCAAGAUGAGGUCCUAAGCAGUGCUUUCAAAUUAAGAAUCACUCGUGGGGACAUACAGACCUUGAGGAAUUGUCACUGGCUCAAUGAUGAGAUUAUUAAUUUUUACAUGAAUCUUCUGGUGGAGAGAAAUAAAAAGCAAGGCCUGCCAAUGCUGCAUGCAUUCAGCACGUUCUUCUUCCCCAAACUGAGCACCGGUGGUUACCAAGCAGUGAAAAGAUGGACCAAAGGGGUGGACCUCUUUGAACAAGAGCUUCUUUUGGUGCCCAUUCACCGCAGGGUACACUGGAGCUUGGUGGUGAUAGAUGUGAGGAAAAAGACUAUUAGGUACUUGGAUUCCAUGGGACAAAAGGGCCACCGAAUCUGUAACCUGAUGCUCCGAUAUCUACAAGAGGAAAGCAAGACCAAAAGAAACAGAGAGCUGGAUCCUUCAGAGUGGACUCUGGAAAGCGUGAAGGCCUAUGAGAUUCCUCAGCAAACGAAUGGAAGUGAUUGUGGAAUGUUUACUUGUAAAUAUGCAGAUUAUCUCUCUCAGGACAAGCCCAUCACCUUUACACAGAAUCAGAUGCCUCACUUCCGGAAGAGGAUGGUGUGGGAAAUCCUUCAUCAGCAGCUGCUCUGAGAGCCCCCCUCUUGUUCCCUGCAGCUGCUCGGGACGCUCCCCGAUGGUUCCAUUGGCCUCAUGCCUCAUGAGCAUCGCUUCUGCUGCUUUGCAGGUACUGAGCUGCAGGGCCUGCAUGGAGGCAUGUGGAGCCUCGGCCUGGGGGCACAGAAGACUGAGCUCCCGCCUGUAACUCUGUGCCCUCUCGCAGAAUCCUCUGCUGGGCGGUCCCUAUGAAAACAAACACUAACUUCAUGUGUGGUUAAAGGACAUUUUUUUUCUUCAAGAAUGUAGGAAAUGCAGGGUUUACUCUGUGUGUAUGUGUCUAUGUGUGUGUAUAUAUCUAUAUAUAGAGUGUGUGUGUGCGUGUGUUAAUUUGUGUUCAAGAACUGGGCAGAGGCCGUGCCUGCCCCUUCGAAUGAAACUCUAGAUUUACUUCUAUGAAUAUUUAUUUCUGAAAGGACUAUUCAUUGAGCCACUCCUUCUAGCUGGGUCCUGGGCUAAAAACCUUAGGAGAGGGGAGGGGUGGAAGUUUUAACUUCUACAACAAUGGCUGCUACCUUGGAGCUGGAGGGAGCUCUCUGAGGGAAGACCGACAGAGGCAGACAGGUAGACAGACAGACAGACAGACGGAUGGAUGGAUGUGCUUGGGUUCCAGCCUCUGCCUUGGCCCGAACCCUGGGGACUUGUGGGCCGGCAGGCAGAGAGGCGGGUCACCCCCACUAGAGCCAAGUGUGAUUGCAGUUGCUUCAUCUGACUGUCCAUCCCAUCCCAUCCCAGAACUCCUGCCUGCAUAGUCACUCCCUUUCAGAACACUGGCUUGAUUUUAUUAGGGAGACUUUGUUUCCCUUUUCUGGAAAGGAAGAGACUUGGCUUAGCUCCUGUAACUGGAUUUGUAAUUACUGUGAACCCAAGAUUGCCACUGCUGUCUUCUUCCAGCUGACUGGGGGAAAGUCCCCAGGUUAUAGGAGGUGGCAAGAAUUGUUUAUUUCAAGAGAGACUAUCCGAGGUAAAGCUAUUUUUCUCAAAGUUUCUUUUUUCUAUAUAAAACUAAAGUUAAGUUUUGUACUUAUUUGGAUUUUUUUUUCCUGAGCUGAAAUCUGUGAAAGAAGCCUAACAAGGCUGAGGUUGUUGCUGAAUAAUCUAUUUUACAUAUGAAAGUUUGUAUUUAACUUGUUUUUUUAAACUUAAAAGCAUCCAGAUGUGCUGCUUCUACUUUCUGAAGAUUUGAAGGAAUAUUUAUUGGUAUAAGGAAAGAUCCAAUCCCAUUUUGCAGUCUCUAGUGCCUGGUAUGUGUCUUUCCCCAUGUAAUAAAAGGUUGUCUGGCCAACAGCCCUGGUAAAUCUAUGCCGAAAAGGGUUUUUUUGGUUUUGUUUUGGUUUUGUUUUGUUUUUUUAAAUUUCCAGCACAGCUUGCUUUGGUGUCUGGAGAUAGAUCGGUGCCCAGCGUGACGGGAUGAUGGGCUCAGCCGCCUCUCACGGUGGGCACGGGCUGGCUGUGGCCUCUCUUCCCUGUGCAGACGGAUGCACAGAGCUCCGAGGAGGGAAGAGAGGCCCUUAGCUGGCGCCCUCUCGGUCCACACGCGGACUGGUCGGAGCGUGUUUUCUGGGUCUCCCGUUUCUCUAGGCACAGAUUGGGUACGUUUCCAAGAUUCAGUUGUUCUUAAGCGUUGGGCCUGUCAGACUCAUUAGCUCCAGGUCUCAAUGACUCAAACCUUUUUAGACCCAUUCUAACUACAGAUGGGCUUUUAAAAUUUCUUUCUCCUAAAUACAUUUUUAAAUGCUAAAUUUUAUUGAUGCUAUUUGUUCUAUCACAGCUAUUUCUGGAAACAGCCCCCCACCCCACCCCCGAAGAAUGCAAACAGCUAAGCAAAGCCAGCUCUGUGCCUGCGUCGGCUAGUGUAGAUACCGGGGUGUACCUGUGUCCCCUUCCCCCACCCCCCGAAAGGGCCGCUCCCUGGAACAGAAUGGAGCGCAGAGCUGGGCACGGCGACUCAGCCUCGGACUUUGUACUCCCUCGCUAAUUAUCUUGUUGUAGCUGUGUUUGUUGUCUGGUUUCUGCUUAUUUUGUGAUGUCUCAGUUCACAAUGAAUUCUUCAACAUUCA